AGCUCACGCGCGUGCCCGUCUACAACAGAUGGAGCUCUGUCGCACGCGCACGGCUCCUCGCAGCAGUCGCGGUGGUGUGCAGGCGCCUUUAAAGUGAUUGUUUCCAGCGGCUGUGGAGUGAACGAGCGGGGUAACGAAAUACUUAAGUUUACCGGACAAUUUACGGGGACCGAGGCAGAGUCGGAGGAGAAGAACCACAGAACCUGCUUCCCACGGUCUGGUGAUCCGAGAGAGCAGCUCCAAAAGUCGCCAGCAAUCCCACAGCAGCGUCGGUGUAGCUAACUCCCGCUUUCUGCUGACCAACAAAAUCACACAGUUCUCACUACGUUCCUCUCAUGCUGACUGAAAAUGGAUGAUAUACACGACGUGGUUCAGAUUGGAGAGAACAAGUUCAUCAGCAAGUCAACAGUCCUCUCCCACCUCAAGACAUACAACCUCUACUAUGAAGGACAAAAUCUACAACUCAGACACAGAGAGGAAGAGGGGGAACUGAUUGUCGAAGGCUUGCUGAAUAUCUUCUGGGGCCUUCGCCGACCAAUCAGGCUUCAGAUGCAGGAUGACCACGAGCGGAUCCGACCGCCCCCCUCCUCUACAUCUUGGCACUCGGGUUGUAAUCUGGACAGUCAAGGUUCCCCCAACAGCACAGAUGGUCAACAGACGACACAGCAGAGUCCACCCACGGUGGAGGUGACGCUGCCUGACAACCAACCAGAGGACAACGGCUGGAUGGAACAAGAGACAGAGGAGGAGGACAGUGAGACCUCCGCUCAGCUCUUACGGACAAAGAGUGAUGCUGGUGUCUUAAGACGUGGACAGCGACGGUCACCGAGCGACCAGAGGAAAAUACGACGCCAUCGCUUCUCCAUCAACGGACACUUCUACAACCACAAGACAGCGGUGUUUACUCCUGCUUUUGGCUCGGUGACUAAUGUUCGGAUCAACAGCUGCAUGAGAACUCCGCAAGUGCUGCGAGUUCUCCUCAACAAAUUUAAAAUUGAAAACACUCCUGAUGAUUUUGCGCUCUACCUCGUCCACACGAGUGGAGAGCGCGUGAAACUGAAGCGCAGUGACUAUCCUCUUGUGCUGAGAAUAAUGCAGGGUCCGUGUGAGCAGGUCUGCAAAGUUUUCCUCAUGGAAGAAGAUCUGGGUGAAGAAGUCACAUAUGAUGUGGCACAGUAUAUAAAGUUUGAGAUGCCUGUCCUGCAGAGUUUUAUCACCAAGCUGAAAGAAGAGGAGGACAGAGAGGUGCAGAAACUCAUGAGAAGGUAUAAUUUCCUGCGUUGUAUAAUUGAGAAGCAGCUCCGCUGUGUUCCAGAGGGGGCGACGUGCAUGUGAUCCGACUCUCUCCAGCACACUGAACUGUCAAAAACAUUCCCAGAGUUAAAUAUCUUUCACCCGGCCGUGACAGCGGAUCACCGGACAACAACUCCAGCGUACGUCUUCCAGUGAUUACCCUGCUCGCCUGAGUUAAUCCCUGCCUCUGCAUGGAGUCGUUCACUCAAUCAGAUUACACGCAGAACUCUAACAUGCCAUCCUGUGUGCAUGUUUAAGCGUGACCAUCUUUACAAUAGUCUUGAGAGUCACAGGGACUAGUUUGUGUCCUGAUUCAGACCAAGAGCACCCAGUGUUGUAAAGCCGUCUUCGGGCUAAAGUCGCUACCCAAAAUGAGUUCAAAGCACAAACAACAUGUUCUAUGGUCUUAGCGAAAGUGCCUGUUUUAAAAGGUUCUGUAAAGCACAAAGACACGUUUUCACAAAACAUUUUGAAGUGAGUGUCGUGUAGAAAGUUAGUGUCGUUUUACAUCGCACAGUUUAGGUUGUUGUUGAAAUGUACGUGACCACAAGUAAAAGGGUCUUAGCCUCAAAACACCGUUAUUCCACUGGGUGCUUUUAUGACGCUUGCUGUCUGAGUGUGUUAAAGCUGCAGUACGCAAAAUCAACACCUGUUUUUAUUGCAUUCACUUUUCUUCCUCCUCUUAUUUCCCUUGUUAGGCUGAUUUGCAACAUAGCACGUUGUUGUCGAAAAGGAUUAUAAUCAACCCUUUUUGUUUUUACUGCAGCUGAAAACGUUGUGAUUAUGUUGUCACCAUAGCUGCCAUUCUGCAAAUAUGAAUGUUUUUGUUAUUGUAGGUAAGGGAAUAGUUGGUAUUUAUUAAUAUUCUUGUGUACUAUUGAGAAGAUUGAUACAGGUCACCAUGAUUAUAUAACAACAUAUAAAUCACUCUGGGAUUGCUUUUUAGCAGUUGUAACAUCAGAUAAAAAUUCAGCUCCCUUAACAUUUAGAUUUGAAAUGAUGCAUUAGGCAGGAACGUCCUCAGUCACAGCACCUCUGCUGCUAACAUCUGUAUAAAAACCAAAGCACAAAUAUGACAAGUUGUUGUUUUAGAAGGGUUUUUACAGGCUGGGAUGUUUGUAGCUUGUGGUAGAGUUGGACAUAAAACCUGAAAAUCUUUUUCUACGUGUUUUUUAGAUUAAACAAGCACAGAUUAAAAGUUUUUGAUUUGUUACUUUUAGAGGUACUGGUAAGUGGAUCGUUUUUGUUAAGCUAAGCUAACGGAGUGCCCACCAUAGAUUUAUAUUUACUAUUAGGGCUGUAACUAUCGAUUAUUUCAAAUACUUCUGUCUGAAAAAUGUCAGAAAAUGUUGACAUAACAAACAAAGUCCAUUCUGAAACUAGACAGAAGUGCUCAGAGUGUACAGACCUCAGAUCACCACCAAAGUCAGUCACAGGAAAUGUAAUCAAAAAAACAUACAUUUAACCUUUUAAAUAAUGCUGCUCAUAGACAAACUUUUACCACAGUGGAAUAAAGUAAAAAAAAAAAAUCCGAUUCAUUUUCAACCCACAGCGAUACUAUUUUUUUAUAACCAUCAAAGAAUGAAACACAAAGCACAACAAGUGAAAUCCCUCAGACUGUGAAGUGUACGCAUUAUUUUAAGUAUGACAUAAUGUUGUAUAAGAAUGUGUUAAAUGUACAAACGACCACACGUACAGGGGUUUUGUACGUGUGCUUUUCUCUGCGCGUACGGAGCGUUGGUUAUUAUUUUUAAACGUGUUGAAAAUCUCACCGCAUCAACAAGAGUGUGUGCCUGUUACAUUCUGAGUGACUCUCAAGACUUCCCUGUUUUGUAUCAUGUCUUUUUUUACACAAUAAUGAAGAAAUCUUCAAAUGUUCAGGACUCAUGCCACUACUUAAAAAAAGUGUUUUUGUAUGAUUGUUAUUUAAUUAAAAAAAAGAAACCUUGGUAAGAGA